GGACGACCCUUCCUCACAUUCUGUGCACUAAACACUACUGCUAGAGCUCUGUAGUUUCAUUUUAGUGUUCUUCAGCCAUGGCCAGGUCUAAGGCUUUGAUUACUUCACUUCUCCUGUUUCUUCUUGUUCUUCAUCUUGUUCAAGCUGAUGAUGAGUUGGUUAAUGGAAAUCAAGCAGCAGCUGCUACUCCGAAGAAGAUUGAUUGUGGUGCGGCUUGCAAGGCGAGGUGUCGGUUGUCACGAAGGCCAAAUCUGUGCAAGAGGGCAUGCGGAACUUGCUGUGCCCGCUGCAACUGUGUUCCUCCCGGAACAUAUGGUAACCAAGAAGCUUGCGCCUGCUAUGCCAAUUUGACAACCCAUGGUGGAAGAAAAAAGUGUCCUUGAAUAUAUCUGUUUAUAUAUGAUCAGCUUCGGCAACAUCUCUGUUCUUGAAUGCUAAAAUUCAUGAUGCAUAUAUAUAGUAAGAGUGAAUAAAGUUGCUGAAUGUAUGAAUAUGUAUUCUCGUGUAAACUGAAAAUUACUUAUUAAAAUGGAAAACGGCCUUUACAUA